UCUCAUUCGAGGAGGAUUUUGCGGGUCAGAAAAUGAAAGUAUUCAUUCAGAUGAAUUGAUUAUUAAAGCUGUUUCAUUAGUUUAGCCGCAGCUACACCCACUCUUUGAUACAAUCCGCGGAGGCAGCGGGUUACACGACUGCUGUCAGAUAACACUGACUUAGCCUACAUGUGUUGCUCGGUGUCGCGAUUUGUUUUGCUAAAUACCUAGUUAGCUGUUGGCUAGUCAGCUAGCGAUGACAGGCUCUGUCGCCGCUAACAGUGCUAACUGAAAAAAAACGUUAUCAAGUCGGGAAAACAUCCUGUUUUAGAAAACAGUUUAAAUCAAGUGACCAGCAACCGUUUCUUUCUCCGGGACUUACGAUCGUCAUUAAGUCACUAUGUAUCCGAGGUGUGUUUUACCAGAUAACGGAACAAGCCUCCAUAAAGAAGUCGGUAACAGUGAGCCAGCCCGGCUGAGUUAGUUACCUCUCACCGUGUCCACCGUCAAUAUUUCAAGCAGCGGACAGUGUGGAGACAGGGUUUGGACAAGCUAACCGGACAACCGUCGGCUUACCGAGCUAGCCAGGAUAACGUUAUAGAGCAUCAACGGUUACUGACGGAAUAACGUUUCCAUCGACAAUGGCUAACGUUACAGACCUGCAAACAAAAUACAGCAAACUGGCACAGGAGUACUCUAAGCUCCGUGCCCAGAAUCAGGUGUUGAAGAAGGCAGUUGUGGAUGAGCAGGCCAACUCUUCCUCACUCAAGGAGCAGCUGAAGCAGAGGGACCAGAGCCUGAGGAAGCAGGAGCAGGAGAUGGACAGUCUCAGCUUCAGGAACCAACAGCUGGCCAAGAGGGUGGAGCUGCUGCAAGAGGAGCUAGCUGCUAGUGAAGCCAAGGGCAAAAAGGGGAAGAGUAAAGGAGACUCUCCCUUGCAGCAUGGCCUGCAGACCCAGAGUGUUUUUGAUGAGGACCUGCAGAAAAAGAUAGAAGAAAAUGAGCGACUUCACAUCCAAUUCUAUGAAGCAGAUGAGCUGCACAGGAGGCAGGAGGCUGAGCUGAGGGCACGACUACAGGAGCUGGAGAAAGACUCUGAGCAGCACCAGACUGUCGUGGACGGACUCACCACUAAGUACAUGGAAACGAUUGAGCGGCUGCAGAGUGACAAGGCACGCUUAGAGGUGAAAGCACAGACUCUGGAGAGGGAAGCCAAAGAGUGCAGAAUGCGAACAGAAGAGUGUCAGCAGCAGUUGAGGCGGUGCCAGUCCGAGCUCAACAGACAGGUGAAACAAAGCAGCAGUGUUAUCCAGGAGAAAGUGCCCUUCAAUGACACCAAAUUUAGUGACUACAACAGCCUAAAUGUACCACCACACAAUCGAAGGCACCAGCUUAAGGCCCGGGAUGUGGCAGGUCAGGCUCUGAGCUUUAUUGAGGACCUGGUUGCUGCUCUGUUGAACUUCCACUCCUACACAGAGCAGAGAGUACACAUCUAUCCCCUGGACUCCUCCAUUGAGCCCAUCUCCCCUCUCAACCAGAAGUUUUCUCAGUACCUACAUGAGAAUGCAGCCUACGUGCGCCCCCUGGAGGACAGCUUUCUGCAGUUACACCAAAGCAUCACUGAGGACAACGUCACAGUACUGGAGACUGUGGUCAAGCUUAAGAGCUUUGCUGAUAAUUUCUCCUCAUACACCCACUUUCUGCAAAAGAUUCUUCCUUACCAGCUGAAAAGCCUGGAAGAGGAGUGUGAGGCAAAUCUUUGUACUCCUGCCCUUACUGUGAAAAACCGGGAGCUGCAGAGUGACAUGAAGAGAGUAACUUCUGUGUUUGAGAAACUGCAGAACUACAUUAACCUUUUGGCCUUACCCAGUGUUCGACAGGAUGCCAUGCCACAGAGCAGCACCUCGGCUGUCUUCACCCAGCUGGCUGCCUGCCUACACAGUCUUCACGAUGCCGUUAAAGAGAUGUCAAAGCACUACAGCCAGAAGGCCGGCUUAGAGCAGGAGCUCCCCACUGUCACCCAGAAGCUCUGUACCACCACAGAGUGCCUGCUGGGAUCUCUGGGCUCGCUGACCAGCAGCACUGGCAAGAUUGCCACUUUCUUCAGCAACAACUUGGACUUCUUCACAUCCUCAGGCUACAGUCCAAGAGGCAGCACAGUAGCCCUCAACCCCUUACAAGCAGAGAGUAUGCUGGCCAACAAAAAGAAGGCAGCGGCCUAUAUUCAUGCAAUCAAAAAGCCCAGGCCACAGUCUGUUCCAUACAGAGAAGCCCUGUCAAACCGUCGGAUACUUACCAGCUCCACUGAGAGCAGAGAGGGUCUCACUCAACAGGUGCAGCAGAGCCAGGAGAAGAUCGCUCGGCUGGAGCAGGAGAAGGAGCACUGGCUCCUGGAGGCCCAGCUGGGGAAGGUGCGGUUGGAAAAGGAGAACCAGCGCAUUGCGGACCUGGAAGCGCAGCUCGCAGCAGCUCUAGGGGGAAGUCCAAACUCGCAAACAGCUGCAGCCAGCACACUCGCACAGAGCCACGAGGAAGCAGAGACAGAGCAGAAAGCUGCAGGGAAAGAGACAACGUUGUGCACCAGCCUGGUUGGCAUGUUGUGCACCACGCCUACAGUUGAACAUGUGGGAGACGAAGAGUCCAGGGAGCAGCUGAUAAAGACUCACUACAUGGCCAGAGUAGGAGAACUCACCACCCAGCUCCAGAUUUCAGACAGCAAAGCUGUGCACUUUCACUCUGAGUGUCGAGCUUUGGCCAAGAGAUUAACCAUUGCAGAGAAAUCACGGGAGACUCUGACCGAGGAGGUCAGAGUGGCUAAUCAGAACAUCACACGUUUACAGGAUGAGCUGGCUACGACUAAGAGGAGCUACGAAGACCAGCUCAGCAUGAUGAGUGACCAUCUGUGUAGCAUGAAUGAGACUUUGAGCAAGCAGAGAGAGGAAAUCGACACGCUUAAACUGGGCAGCAAGGGAAAUGCCAAAAAGAACAAAGGUCGCUAGAGCUGCCCUCAAAACUCUGGCUCCAUUUGUCAUCGCAAGGGCCACCUUGACAGAUGAGCGGGACUGUGGAGCCUCCCAGCAGCAUCCUGGUACCAACACUACCACUGUCACCAAACCACAGGACGGCUACAUGAGCCUCAGAUUCCUCCGCUGUCAGACAGUGGCAGUGUAACUGAACUGCAUGGAGGCUGUAACAUGUUUGACUGAAGAAGCCCCCCCCCCCCCCCCCCCCCCCCCCCCCCCCUUUUUUUUUUCUCUUGUCACAGCACCAGUUAUAACAUAACAUGAUUUGCUAAAAAUGCUUUGUGAAACUUCACCAGAAGCUGCUGCUUGACCUUCUGGUCAAAGCAGGGUGGGAGAGAAACAGCUUUUCCCCCCCAAAAGGGACAGAGGGAGAUAAACAGCUGAGAGCAGUUGAAGUUGGUAAUGCUCACUGAAGUCGAGGCUUGGAAGACCAAGCCCUGCUGAUCAGUGUGUCUACUUUUCCUGCUUAGCGUACAUGUGAGAGAACAUGAAACUGCAUUCUUACUGCUUAUCUGUGGGCGCAGGCGAAAAGAGCAAAUGUUGGUGUGGCUGUAUGUGUGCAGAGUGUUGUGUCAUUGUGUGAUUGUGGCACCAGGCUUUACAACAUGUUUGUUUUGUUUUACACAUAGACUUUUUUUUUUUUUUUUUUAGAUCAACUUUUUGAGAUUAUUUGCGCAAGUGAUUCCAAUGGCCUGUAUGUCUCCAUACAGCAUAAUACCCCUUCUAACACAUGCAUAUAUCACGAGCUUCUGCAAAGAAGGGCUUUAAAACCUGAAUGAACAACUAACAAAGACACACUUGAAUUCAUUCCUCAUUUUGGAAAUUUUUCAAUCCUUUGGGAGUGGAGAAAAGAAAAGAGAACUGCCUUGAAGCACUGAUUAACUGUGUUUACCUACACACAAAAAAAGGGGUAGGAUGGACAAGUCGGAGCUCGUAAAAUGGUGUCAGUCUGUCUCUGUGAAGUUACUCUGUAACAAGUCGUUUUUAUCACCAAAGUUAAGUGUGGAUGUGCACUGCUGUGGCACAAGAGUCUCUAAAGUCAUGUUGUAAUAUGUAUGGGUAAAAAGGGUUCAAAUGAAUAUACACUCAUUUCAAAUCAUGACAUAGUCGUACUGUAGAAUUUCUAAAAGAAAAUAUAUUCAAAAAAGGCAUUUAUUCAGAGGUUACAAAUCUUUAUUUUCCACAGUAUUUGGGAAACUGAAUCUUCGGCUAGUUGUUUUAUUUUGUGUGUCUCUUAUAAGACCUGAUUCCUGGGAGGUGCCAUAGAGGGGUUGGCACAUACUGUAACUGGUGCUUAGACAACCUGAUUCAUGAGUCAUGGCAGAGUGCAGUUAAAGUUUACAGUAAAAUAGGACCUCUCUGGCUUGUAGUAGUGCGAGAUAAUUGGAAGAAAAGUGUAGCAGUGAUUAUGAGCAUUCAGACCUCUUGUUUGCCAGUCUACACCUGCCAGCAAACCUUUGAUCCCAAAGAUUUGCAAGUGUCCCCUGAACUGAUUAAAAAAUUUAAAAAAUUAUAAUAAUACUUGUAUCCUCACAGUGUAACCUGUCCAAAAGCACAUAAAAAUAUGUGAAAAAAAUAAAGAGCUUGCUCAACACUUAAAUACAUAAUGCAGUUGGGUUCACGUUUUGUUCAUUAAUGGUCCUCAAACUUGUCUGACCUAACUUUUCGUGUUGCAUUUCUGGGAGUGGGAAGAGACUGGGGUUUUAAAUUGCAUAUAAUUAAAAAAAAAAAAAAGCCUGUAACCCGCCCUAACCACUGG